AUAUCACACCAAAUCCCUCAACAUUCCUUUUAAGUUAUAAACACACUUUUUUUUCGUUAUCUCGCUUUCGAAAUAGUGCAAUUUUUUCGUUUUGUGGAAGUGAAAUAAUUCCGCGCGGUUUUUUGAAUCACCGCAUCACGUACGUAAUUAAACGUUGGCCUCUGAAAUACUACAUAUAAAAGAACUUUUAAAUAUUAUUUCAAAAAAAAUCUCGUCAAUAUUCUGUGUUCUCUUCUAAACUUCUCAACAAUAUGGCCCCAUACGAUCGAGAAGAUGAUGCUGCUGCAGGUGAACCAACGCUUCUUUGGAUUCUUGUGUUUUUUAUUCUCGAUUGUCUUCCCUGUAUCUUAUUCUGUGUCGCUGUUGGCGGUACUAUAGGUGUCGCCGCUUACUGCAUCAACAAAAGCAACAGAGAGGAACGGGAGAAUGCCAUGCGGAUCCAACAAAUGGUUAUCCAAAGGUCAAAUUCUAAUGUAAACGUCUAA